AUGCGACGUACCACGCACGCGCGCCCUAAUAAAAUAAAAAGACCAAGAAACCACACACGAUCGUCCAACGCAUCACCUCGCUACCCUCAAAAGAUGGCCGGCUGGACCUCCAUCCCGGCGGAGCUCCUCGCGGAAAUCUCCGGCCGCCUGCCAGGCAACGCGGACCGGAUCCACAUCCAUCAGGUAUGCUCCCACUGGCGCGCAUCCACUUCCCGGCUGGCCGCCUGCCGUCCAUGGAUCGUCGCCGGCCGCGAACCAUGGAGCCUGGUUGGCCCGGUCGGCGAACACUCGUUUUGGCUGCCCCUUGGCGGCCGACGGGUCUAUUUGAGCACGCCGGCGGGCCUACCAUACUGCUGCGGCACGCCCCUUGGCUGGCUUGCUCUCAUGGACAACCUGCAAUCCCCAACGCGGUUUGUCCUCCGGGAGCCCCUCUCCGAAGCUGAGAUCUUUCUGCCCUGUUUUCCCGCCGUUGUCCAAGUCUUCCUCUCAGGGGACCCGCUCACCUCGCCUGAUUGGAUGGCGAUCGCGAGCCAGAAGCUCUACACUACUGGCACUUGCAUGGGCCAGACGCUCUUCUUCUGGCGGCCUGGAGAUGCCGCAUGGACUAUGCAGCUCGAGCGGCCAAACGGCAGAAUCGAUAGCGCGGCAUUCCAUCAGGGGAAAUUCUACUUCACCGAGAUCGGGUGGACCCUUCACGUCUACGAUCUUGAUCGCUCCCCUCCCAAGCUUGUCCGGAGCACGUGCCUUUACAGUGCUCUGCGAGCGCGCCAUGGAUUCCGACAGUUCCCUGGCGGUGGCAGGCCGACGUGGUAUGUGGUCGCAUUCAAUGGCGAAUUGCUGCUGGUUGUGAUGUACCGGGCGCCCAACAUAAAGGCUGUCGAAGUUUACCGCCCGGAUUGGGCAGCGGAGCGCCUGGAGCUGCGGGAAAAGGUCACGGAUCUCGGCGAGUACUCGCUCUUCUUGGGCCGCGGUGACGCGUUUGCCCUCUGUGCAAAGGACUUUACUAUGAUCCGGAUAAAUUGUGUCUACUUUGUAGAGCACGAUACAGUCAAGCAUCAAGAUUGGGCUAUUGUGUUAGACUUGGGGUCAAAUGUUUUCCAACAAAUUCCAUAUCCCGGAGAGCAGAUGGAGAUGGAGGGCACGGGCAGAAGCAAUCACUGGACGGCGUAUUCGUGGUUCUGUCUCAGAAGACCCUUCUUGAAGGGUGAAUCCCAGUAAGGUAGAUCUUCACUGACCAUCUUAUUAUGUGAAAGUAACCGAAUCAGUAUUGGAGCAGCAACGGAGCUUCCCGUGUUUGAAUGAUCUAAACACCAACACGUAUGUCUUGUCACUUCAGAUCAUCAACCUUGUUCCUCCCAUGAAUCCUUGUUAAAUCAUGGACUCCAACAGCCCAAUUACUAACCCUUUGGCAUGGAAGUGUUAAGAGCUGAUUUAUAAUAGAUACCACCAUUGUAAAGUCGGAUAAUCCAGUGGACCACUAUUUUGUAUCUCUUGUUCUCUUACUAAUAAACUGUAAUUAUUCAGUCCAUUGGCAAGUUUGGCUCAUUCUUUUUACUGGCAACACUAGAAACAGA